CUCUUAGCAUUACAAAGAAGAAAAAGGUUAAAGAGAGUGAUCAUCAUCAUUUCAAUGGCGCUGAGAUGGUUCCUUCAAGCAACAAGCAUGAUGAUCGUCGGAAAAUCAACUGAUCACGAUGUUGAAGUGGAACCAGCGAUACAGAAAAAGAAGUUAUUUAAGGUGAGGAAUUUCGGGUGCGAGGGAUUUAAGAUGCCGCUUCACUAUCCAAGAUACAAAAAGGUAGAUUAUGAGAGGAUGGAUGAGUGGAAGUUGGAUAUGUUGUUGAAGGAAUAUGGUUUGGAAGUUGAGGGAUCUUUGGAUGAGAAGAAAUCAUUUGUCAUGGGGACUUUUUUGUGGCCUGAUCAGUUCUAAGAUAUUAUUACGCAUUAUUGAUAUAUCUUAGUCAAUGAUAUAUGCAUGUUCAUAAUAUAGGAUGAGUUAAUCUUAAUCGUAGAUUUUAUAAGAAAUAUUUUCCUUUC